AUGGUGUUCACGAAUGUUCUGCAUGAUGCUGUCAAGAGUAUCAACAAUGCCAAAAAGAGAGGCAAACACCAGGUUCUUAUUAAGCCGUGCUCCGAAGUCAUCACCCCAUUUCUAAUUGUGAGGAUGAAGCAUAAUUACAUUGGUGAAUUUGAACUGAUUGAUGACAACAGAGUUGGAAAAAUUGUUGGGAACCUAACAGGCAAGUUAAACAGGUGUGGAGUAAUCAGCCCAAGAUUUGAUGUAAAACGGAAAGAUCUAGAAAAAUGGCAGAACAACCUGCUUCUGUCCCGUCAUUCUGGUUUCAUUGUACUGACAACCUCAGCGGGCAUCACGGACCGUGAAGAAGUAAGGUGA